GAGAUGAGACAGGAAAUGAAGCAAGAAAACAAACUAAAGCAACCCGGCUGGAUUUCAUCAUGUGCGGAAGUUGAGAGACUACCGGGCCCGGCUCGUACCUUCGGUGGACUCAACUCUUACGUCACACACAGCGAGUGUCAGUUAUUCUGAAACUCGAGAAUGGAUGAGCAGCCUCGCGGGACGCCGCUGUUUACAUUCGGCGUGAUCGCGGACAUUCAGUACGCAGAUAUCGACGAUGGACACAACUACACCCGGACAAGGAGGCGCUUCUACCGGAGCGGCCUGCAGCUGCUGAGGAACGCCCAGACACGGUGGUCCGAGGCGGCUGUGAAGCCGGAGUUCAUCCUCCAGCUGGGAGACCUUAUCGACGGCUUCAACAAGGGCCACGGCGCCUCGGACCGGGCGCUGGACACCGUGCUGCGGGAGUUCGGCUCCAGUGGCGUGGAGGUCCACCACGUGUGGGGGAACCACGAGUUGUAUAACUUCAGCCGGAGCGCGCUGCUGCGCUCGGAGCUCAACAGCGCGCUGCACGCGAAGAGACGCGUGGACGGAGUCCCGGCUGGCGGUGAGACGUACGCCUACCACUUCAGCCCGGUGCCCGGCUUCACCUUCGUGGUUCUGGAUGCGUACGACGUGAGCCUGCUGGGCCGAGACGAGUCCAGCGAGCAGUACAGCGAGGCUCUGAGCCUCAUAAGGCAGCACAACCACAACCAGGACCUCAACUGCCCGCCAGUGUCCAGCGGCCUGCUGCAGAGGUUCACGAUGUUCAAUGGUGGCUUCAGUAAGGACCAACUGGACUGGCUGGGUUCUGUUCUGUCCUGGGCCGACGACAAACGGGAAAGAGUCACACUAGUCAGUCACCUCCCUGUCCACCCCCGCUCCACAGAUGAGAUCUGCCUCGCCUGGAACUUCGACGAGCUCCUGGCCCUCAUCCAGGCCCACAGCAGCGUGGUGUGUUUCAUGGCGGGACACGACCACGAUGGCGGAUACCACCAGGACCCGGACACGGGGGUGCACCACGUCACGUUAGCGGGAGUGAUCGAGACGCCGCCCGACAGCGACGCCUUCGGCACCGUCUCCGUGUACGAGGACAGGAUGGUGCUGGAGGGGAGCGGCAGGGUCACGGACCGAGUGUUCCUGUUCCAUCCCACGCCAGGUGACACACAGCCGACGGAGAUAUGACAUCUCUGGAUGGAGAAGGUUAUCCUGCGUGGCUGUUCCAUCGUCUGGAGAAGUCUAUGAACUUUACAAUGGCCACUUUAACGGUAAUUUAAAGAUGAAAGACAAUCACAAAUGUACUCAGUUCAGUAGUGGAAGUACUAUCAGGUUUCAUUCUUUCAGUUCUAAGAAGGACCACAAACAGAGCCACAUUCUGAUGCACUUUCCUCAGCAGAGCCAUUGCAGAACCUCAUAGACUUGAUUGCACUGCUAAGUUUAUUUAUUAUCUUGACGAAGCGUAUAUCUUUUUCACUGGUUGUUUUUUAAGUUGGAGUUGACAGCACUUGCAUUUUUAUACUUUAUUUCAAUUGCGCACAAUGGGUUUCUUUGACUGUAAAUUGCAGAUGAAUGUGUUAUGAUUUGACCAAUGCAUUGUAUUGAUAACUAUAACUGAUAUCAAUCACAGUUUUCAGUUCCUGCACAGGAUGGGAUUCAAGCUGUAUGAUUCACAAUGUGAAACAAUAUGACGAAUAAUAAAAAUAUACAUCAGUA